CCUGCCUUUCCAAACGCCUGCCGAGCACCGGUUGCCGGUGCCGUUGCUCGGCACUAUUGCCACGCCGGCCCUUCUGUUCAGCCUACCAGGGAGAGACCCUUGCUCUGGGUGUACUCUCCCCGCCUCCUAGUUGUUGCCUGCCAACUGACCUUGUGAGGGGUUUCUUCGUUGCUUCAUUGUCCUCUUCUACGUCUUCCUCUUCGAAAGAGAUCAGAGAGAGAAAGAGAAACAAACAAAGAUGGGAUCCUUGACAGACACCACGUGCUUUGGCAAUAAAACGAUCGUGAGUGGUGGGCUGUGGUUGGGCAAAAAUCCCCUCCAGUUCACCUUCCCUCUCCUGUGCUUGCAGGUGUUGGUUGUGACUCUCUCCCAUCGUGCUCUCCAUUUCCUCUUCAAGCCUCUCAAGAUCACCAAAGUUUCCACAGACGUCUUGGCAAGCCUGCUGCUGGGUCCUUCAGCUCUUGGCCGUUGGGCGCCGAGCGUGACGAGAGCGCUGUUCCCCGAAAGCAGCAAGGUGGUACUGACGAUGCUGGGUCAGCUGGGCCUCAUGUACUGGUUCUUUCUCAUGGGGUUACAGAUGAACUUGGGCUCCCAACUCAAGCGGAUCGAGAAGAAGUCCAUGGCGGUGGCAGUGGCGAGUCUGUUCUCCCCCUUCCUCGUUGCCCAUCUCUGCGUCGUCACCGCCGACUCUCUGGUCCCCGAAAUCAUGAGAAUCAAUGUCACGAUCUUCUACGUCGCCGUCUACUUAGCUUUGCCGGCAAUUUCUGUGUUGGCGCACACCGUCAUCGAGCACAAGCUCCUCGAGACGCCCUUCGGCAAGCUCGCCCUCUCCUCCGCCAUCAGCAUGCAGUUGUUGCUCAUCCCCAUCUUCCACGUCGUCCUUUCAUUCAAGCCGACGCCCGGGCAGCCAUGGGCUCCCCUUUGGAGACUCACCUAUAGUAUUGUUUUCAUUGCUGUUGUUUUUGCUUUGUCGCGGACUGUACUUGUUCGAAUAAAAAACAAAGUCAACGAGCCGUUUAAUUCCUUCAUCCUGGUGGCGGUGGCGGUUGCUGGCGGCGUCACGGAGGCCAUCGGCACGCACCUAACAACAGGUGCUCUCAUCUUCGGCUUAUUCAUGCCAAAUGGCCUGCUUGCAGCGGCACUCGUCAAGAAGAUGGAAGAUGUGGUCGCACUGCUUGUGCCUCUAAUAUUUACCAUGAUUGGGCAGCAGAUCGACUUGGCGAAGAUGUUCACGGGGCCGCGUGGUUGGACUCUGGUGGUCGUCCUCUUGGCGACCUUUUUGGGGAAGUGCAUGGUUGUGGCGCUGGUUGCCACCCUCUUCGACUACUCAUUUGUCGAUGGCUUCUUGGCCGGCGUCCUGCUAACCACCAAGGGCAUGAUUGAUGCUGUAUUGCUUGGCUGGACAGCAGGUGUCAAGGAACAUCAGUUGGCUGAGCAAAGCUUUGUGAUUUUGAUCUUCAGCGUCAUCGUAACCAACUUGGUGGUCACCCUCUUGAUCAGGUUAUUAUACAGGCGUCCUGCCUCAACAGAAUCAGAUAUGAGCUGCCGCACUCUGCAGCACAUGAGAUGGGACACCCCAUUCCGAGUCCUUGCUUGCUUCCAUGGCCAUCACAUGGUGACGACCCUCAUCAGCCUCCUCAAGGCCACUCAGGCCACCUCAAAAUCCCCCAUCAAGCUCUCUGCUCUCCGCCUUGUCCACGCCACCGCCGGUUGUACGACUGUGGUCAGAGAUGUUAACAAUACACUCAACAGCAGCCAAGAUGACCACAAUAAUCCGAUCACCAUCGCCUUCAGCAGCCAGAAAUCGAUGCAGAACAUCUUAGUUGAGCACUUCACGAGGACGUCGACGUACUCCACAAUGGACCAGGACAUUACCAAGCUUGCCGUGGACACCGACUCUGCCUUCAUAAUCCUUCCUUUCCAACGACAUCUCUCUGAAACUGCAGAAUCAAACGGCAAUUACUUCAGGAGCGUCGUCCAGAAAGUUCUCACAAACGCGCCGUGUUCAGUAGGAAUCCUUGUUCACCGAGGCCUAAUGCGAACCUCUACCCACGCGUUCAGGCGCGUCGCCGUCCUGUUUUUCGGCGGCCCUGAUGACAGAGAGGCACUGGCUUUUGCAGCGAGGAUGGCGAAGCAAGAAGGCACCAACAUCAGCAUCGUCCGCUUCCUGCCUGCUUCCCACAGCUCGACGAAUUCACACAAGAUGGGAGCAGAAUGGACAGCCAUUCACAGCAUGCGGACAGUUUCAGAUGAUAUUGACAGAGAGAAGGUGGUUGAUGACUACUGCAUCAGCCAAUUCCAAAUGCAGAUGGCCGGGAAGAAGUCAGUAUCCUAUACGGAGAAAUUUGUCUCCUGCGGGGCAGAAACAGUGGCAUUUAUACAGUCCAUGAACCAUGGUCGUGAGGUCUUCAUAGUGGGGAGGUGCCAGCCGACGAUCAAUUCGGCGAUGAUCUCAGGGAUGGAGGAAUGGAACGAGUUUCCGGAGCUGGGUCUAAUGGGGGAUUUCUUGGUGUCGCCGGAUUUUUCGGCAGUAUCUGUGUUGGUGGUGCAACAGCACGUAUGGCAGAAGGAUGUGAGUGACAACGUUUUCGUCUCACUGGAGGGAGGAAAGCAUCCUAACGUUACCGGCAUGUGGGAUUCGUCAAAAUCUAACAUGACUCUCAGGCAAACUGUAGGUCAAAGGGAUCCUGCUUGGCAGUGGAACCUAAAUGUUGCUUUUUGACAGAAGUUGGUAGCCUUCUAGGGACGCAGAGGUAGACUCUGCUCUCUCCACUCUCCUUUGUAGGCAUAGAUGCACCUAGCUUUCUUGUAGCGUUCUAACAAGAGGAUAUGUCGUUUCUAGAGUUUUAUAUAGAUAAAGCCAACUACCUAGUGCCCAUGUAGCACUGUGGUUGUAAAUUUAAUAGCCUUUUCAUUGUGAAUCAGAAAAUCCAUUUGAGGGUAUCUGAUUACUUGCAACUCUAGAUUCAUUAGGGUCUAUUUCCGGUAUAAGUAGUAACUAGCGAGAGGGGAUGAUUGGGAUUGUUUGAGCAACUCCCCUAAUAGUUGACUUCUUGCCUUUCUUAGGUGGCCUCUGUCCUCCUAUAUCAGCCAAAUUGGAACCGUUUGUGACUGUUUCAUAAGUUGGGGCAUAUUCAUAGAACAUUUUGUAAAAUGUUUCAUGAAUUUACCUCAAUAUUUAGGUUACAUUCAUGGAACAGUUACAUAGAUCUCAUAUCGUGUGAAUGUGAAAAAAUAACUAGGUGCGCAGCUCACAAUUCUAAUAAGCUCCUUUUGCUACCAACGCUUGCCCUAGGUGUGAAUUAUAUCAGAAU